AAUGAUUUACGCCGGGCAUGUGAACACGGCCUAUUGUUGAGGCAUUCGGACAUAGUUACCUCAGUCCUGCCACUGACUGAGCUUUGGUGACGUCUUGUGGGCUGUGCACAGUAAGGUCAGCAGGAUGCAACUUGAUAAUAGAGUUAAGUUAAUAAGACUUCUGGGAUUUGUUUGCUACAUUGUGCCCAUAAUAUUAUACGUGAUGGGCAUGUUUACAGCUGACUGGUUGCGUUUCGGCGAAAACGGAAGGGCUGGCUUAUUUGCGGAAUGUAACGUGACUCUUAACGAUACAGCUCUUCACGACACCGACAACACGACGCAGCCUACCCCCACAACAGCUGGGGAUUCCAGUAGCGAGGGUGAUGAAGGCGAUGAGAUUUGCAUCGGUAUUGGAAUCGAUGACGCACAAGGUUACAUCCAUAUCACACGUCUAUUUGUGAUCGUUGGGGGUUUGGGUUACGUUUACGGCCUCUUCACUCUGAAAAAGGAGAUGAACAAUGCGGAAAGAUUUACCAAAAAAUCUUGUCGGCACGUUUCGUUGAAUCUUGUCCCUGUCUUUGGAGCCAUCCUGAACCGAAUCGGUCUGUGGUACUACAGUGAAAACUACAGCAGUGAUACCAGGUACCCUGACUCACGUUUGUCCAAGUGUUAUGACUAUGUGAUGGCGACAGUCUAUAUGGUCCCAAUCUCCAUCGCUCUGUUCUACGCCGCCGCCUACAUCAAAAGGGGGAGUGGACCUUGUGAAUCAAUGAACAGGUGUAAUUGUAAUCGGUUUUCAUCGGCCUUUCACGCUUGCUUUGAGCGCCAGCCACGAGAUCCUCGUCAGGAAAUCGUCAUUAGCGCUACAACUACAACAACACCGAGUCGUGUGCACGACAGGGGUGAAGAGACGCAGUCUCUGACAGACAGUGAUCGGGCGUCAACAAAUGGUUCCAUCUCCCUACGCGUGCUUGAUUUGCCAAACAAUGAUGACAUCUUCACUAUUUCUAUCACAGACCCGGCCCCAGCCUACGAAAACUUGUCGCCGAGACGAGAUGAAGGGUCAGGGUCAGGGCCAUCACAGACACUCCCCCCUCCUUCAUAUGACGAGGUCAUGGCCGGGGGUUAUUCCCUCCACCCAGACAACAAAUCUGCCACGGCUGCUGCUGUGUCACAAUCUAUGUCCAGCGCACAACGGUCGCACAGUCCAGGCGCACACGCCGGGUCUUCCUGUCGUGGUCACGUUGAACUCGUAUCAUCAGACGAUCAUUUACUGCCUACGUGCCCGCCGCCAUCUUACGAAGACUCUGAAGUAUGAUAGUCUUCUUUACUGUUGUUAUUUUCACUUUCACUUUCAAAAGUUCUCUGACCUCUGGGCCAAGCCCAAGCACCCUUCUCUUGGAGCUCAGACGCCUGGCUGAGAGUCACCAUACCGAAACCAAGUUGGGCCCUAUACACUUCUUUCGAAUAUGGUGAAUGGUUUGUCCUGAUGGUGCUUGGGGUGAUAUAAUCUCAUCAAGACCACGGAUUGGUGGAUGUUGUGUAUUCCUUUUGGAAUCAAGUACACUGUACACGUACAAUAACGUGUUUGAAAUGAUCGUGAAUCAGUUUAAAAAAUCAACCAAGUGGCCAAAUGUUAUUGAUGGUAUCGUCACGUGUUGAAAGGGUAGAAAUUCUAUCAUCCCUGGAUAUACACAUAUAGCAUAUAUCUAUGCAAGUACAUGUCGUAUAUUUAGAAUAUGAUAUUGAUUGGCUGUACAAUCAAGCACUCUCCUAGUUUUUGGCAAUGAUGACUUUUGAACAUAUUACAAGGAUGUUGUCCCACGCAUGCUCAAACUGUUGGAACUGCUCCUUUUGUAUGUUUACAUUGCCUGGGUUUGGCUUCCAUCCGCAGUGUUCCGCUGCGCCGAAGUCAAAAUUAAGGUUUUAAUUCUGAAAAAUUGAGAAACCAGGGCUUGCCCCAAAGUUAAUGAUUUAUACAAUUUGAAAACGUUCUCCUAAAGCAACAACUUUUGGGGAAUGUUGCCAAAUGCAUUGCCAUUGUGGAAAGUCGGAAUGUUAUCGAGGGAAAUGGAUCCGCGUUAUCUAAGGCUGAAACUUGAAUUUAACAUUGCUAUUCACUAUUCAGAAGUAUUUUGUUCUUACCAGCAUGGCUGUACAUCUCAAUAACUCAAAACUCUAACUUUCUAUAAAGUUACCAAUCAUUUUCUAUCGUUCAUGCACCACUGUUGUCCAUCUUUGGGUAAAUGUGUUUUUGAGGUCUCCAUUCAGUACUGACAUGAUCUAUUUGGCGAAUCCGGGGUCUCCACCCUCUGUAGAGCCAACAUGGGGUUGUCGUGACAUCAUGCGCAAAAGAAGAUUUACCUCGCUGUAAGAACGGACACCUCAACUCGCUCCUCUUUGUACAAAAAAAAAAAGAAA